GGGUGAGUCGCUCGUGUGCUCGCCAGCAUUGGCCACAUGUCUCUCGCGGGUCUCGCGUAUCGUUCUCUUACAGAAAGGGCUCCGCCGAAAAUGCGCCGUGUUUACGUAAUCCGCGGUAACGCGAUGCUACGCCGGUACUGGUAGACGCGCGUGACAAGUGUUGGCGCGAUCCAGCGUGACGCGGCCGCGAAUUGCAUCGCGAGCGCAAGACCGCGUGUGAUCGGCGAGCGGAAGACCGAAGAUAGACUCCCCGGGUUGCCGAGUGUCCGAGUGCGCCGCUUUCGUCCGCCAGCGAAUCGCGCGUAUGUCGCGCGCCCGGAGAACCUCGCCGACCGGAGGAUAGUCUCGUAACCCGACGACGUCGCGCGCCCUAGAAAGAGUAUCCGCGCGCCGGGAAUUUGCGCCUCGUCAAAAACGUCGAGUCAGCAGCAGCAGCAGCAGCAGCGCGUACGGCUCGAUCCUCCGCGAGGUGCGGAAAAUCUCGUGCACGUCGACGAACGUUUCCGCGCGAUCCCGCGACGUCGAGAUCGCGCCGAGGGUCGUAUACGCGAGAGCGGAAAGUGGUACAUCUGCUUUGUCCGAUCGACCGCGUGCUGACCGCGGCGACCACGCGCGCGUCUCUGAAAAUUCAGAGGGAGAAAGGGAGAUUCCGACGCGGCGCGUCCGGCUGUCAGGACGGGUGCUUGUCGCCCUCGUUCAUGGAGAAGAGCGGUCGCGCGCGCGACUAAAAUCCCUCGGGAUGGAGAGGGGCAUGUGAGGUGCGAGGACGCGCGCGAGGUUAGUUUGCUCGUCGCGUGAGUAACGCGAGUCAUCGCGAUCGACCUCGAGGCCGAGGGCCGAGGGCCGACGAGACGACAAGUCGCUUCGAGCGCGACGCGAGAACGACGUCCCGUCGACGGCGGAUCGAGUUCCUGGACGGGGCGAAACGCGCGACCUCGUGCACGUAAAACCUCGUGUUUUUGUCCCUCGGCGGCGUACGCCGCAAGAUGGCGGCCAAGCUGGCCAGUAACCAAGGUGGCGCUCGCAGCGGCGGCGAGCGGCAGGAGGCUGGGCCCUGUCAGUCCUACGCCAGUGUUUUAAAUCCGAAGGGCGCGUCGCAGAGUCGAGCGAGUUCCUUCAAGAGCAACAAUAAGGAGAACAUUGGCGAGCAAGUGACGGUGUCUCAGCAGCACCAACAGGCGCAGCAACAGCAGAUACAGCAACAGCAGCAGCAACAAGCGACGACGAUGGUCGAGAGAUUGAUGCCGAUCAAGGAUAAGUCCUGCCAAAGGAUCCCCCGAUGUCAAGCGACGCGAACGACGAUUCAACCCGUGUCGGACAAUUUUCCGGAGAAGGAUAACCGUCGCGAGAGCCUGCCCAGGACGCCGAACGCGCGCGUCGUCGACUCGCGUCAGGACGACGGCCAACGAGACGUCGCUGAUCAAUUGAACAACGGCGAUGUCUCCAACGACGGUGAGUUCCAGACGGUCGCCAACAAGGGCGCCCGUCGUAAGGAAAAGAUGCGCGAACAUCACCGGGAGAGUCAUCGCGAGCGUCACCGGCUGCGCGAGAAUAACAACCGCCAUCCGCAGCAACCACGUGGUCCCAUUGGCGUCGGUGGCGGGGGCGGGAGCGGCAGCGGCGGCGGGAGCGGGGGUGGGGGCGUCGGUAGACGCGGCAGCGACGAGAGAGCGCACAGAGAGCGCGGCGACCGCAAUGGCGUUGUCGAGCACGGUGGCCCGUCGAGCAGGGAGGCCCAUUAUUAUAGGGACGAUCAGAACGUCGAGGGGGAAACGCAGCCGGUACCCGCGGUGCCUCCGCCGGUCAAAUACGUCGAGGCACCCCUGCCCGCGGUCAAUCCCUGGACGAAAAACAGGACAGCGACAGCGACUGCAACUGCGACUGCGACUGCGACUGCGACUGCGACUGCGACGUCGACGUUGACAUCGACGUUGACAUCGACGUCGACGUCGCAACCCGCCCGCGAUCCUCCCAAGACGUCGCCGCAGCAGACGCUCCCGCAGCAGACGCUCCCGCAGCAGACGCUCCCGCAGCACGUCGUCCCCGCGGCGGCGACAUCCACGUGCCUCGACAGACAGAGCGACAGAGAGCGGAGAAUUUUGCAGCCGCAGCAGCGCCGGGACACGAUCGAAAAUGGUGUCGAAGAGAGUGCUCAGCCCACAAUUGUCAGAGCUUCUAGAGAUAGAAGAAGAUUUAAUCAAAACGCAAGUGAUUUUACAAACAUUGGAGACUGGCCAACCUUAGGUACACAAGAGAGGAAAGCAACCGUAUCUCCUUCGAAGCAAAAUGGUGUAAUCAAUGACGAAUCAAGUACUCUUAAAGCAGAUAGCACUAUAGAAAGUAGAGUCAAGGAGAAUAAAGAACAGAAUCAUUGUCAAGAUGAUAGCGAUGAGCAUACAGAUAAUGGAGAAAAGAAAAAGAAAGCGAAUAAACAAAAAUGGGUUCCAUUAGAGAUAGAUUUAGUACAAAACCGUGGGACUAUGCGAUCGCCAAGAUUUCAGAAUCACAGAGAAAGAAAUGGCGAAGCAAAUGAUGGCGAGUCUUGGCGCGAAAGAGAUUACGAUAGAUCAGGGUAUAAUCAUCGAGGACGCGGUGGAAGAAGUUAUAGAGGUAGAGGACGGGGCGGGCGUGGCCGUGCUGGUUUUAGACACCGACACGAUCACGAAUAUACAAAUUAUACUACAACAGACUAUAUACAGACACACAAAUACGAACAUGCAGAUAGUGGAUAUAUGAUACCUUAUAUGGGGACUUGCUAUUUUAAUAAUGCAAAUUAUGUGGAUAUGUCUACACUAAAAGAAUGUAUACGACAACAAAUAGAAUAUUACUUCUGUGAAGAAAAUCUUGUAAAAGACUUCUUUCUUCGCCGUAAAAUGAAUGCUCAAGGAUUUUUGCCUCUCACUUUGAUUGCAUCUUUUCAACGUGUACAAAAUUUAACAAUGGAUAUAGAUUUGGUGAUAAACGCAGUUAUGGAGUCUGAUAAAUUGGAGGUGUUAGAAUUUGAGGAUGGAUACAAGAUUAGAACAACAUUAGAUCCUUUAAAAUGGCCCAUCUCAGAUAUAGCCAGCAAUGUGGUCACUUCAAAUCAUUCGCCACAAUCGAUCUCAUCUCAAAAUGAAGUAAUACAUCCUACGUCUAAAACUGCAUUUUGUCCUGCUGCAAAACCUUUACUCGCGAUACCUAUUCCCGCAGCUCCUCGUGUUUUUGCAUCCUACUAUUCCGUCCCGAUGGCAAACGAGGUUUUAAAUCCUGAUGUACCAGAAUUUAUACCAAUGGACUCGACAGAAAGGACUAAUGGAUUUACAGAUGAAAGCAACGAAACUGCUACAAAUGAAAGCAAUGAAACACAGAACGAAAUUCAAUUUGAAACGAUAAAAGAAGAAAUUGAUAAAUUGACAAAUAGUUUAAUAAUGCCUCCCGUUUCUCCUAAUAAUAAUUCUCUUAUCAAGAUAGACGAUACAUUACCAAUCAUGGCAGGUUCUUCCACUUCAGACUUGUUAGAAGAACGAAUCAACAGAGAAUUAGAUACAUCGAGCGAUAAUGCUUGGAAAGAAGUGAGAAGAAGAGUUAAACAACCACACAAAGACAGAUCUGAAGAGAAAGAAAAGCUUGAGAAUACCAAGAGCAAAACACGAGAAGAAUUAGAUUUUCAAUUUGACGAGGAACUCGAUUCGCCGCCUCCGACCGGUCGACAUAACGCUUUCUCCGAAUGGUCUGACGAUGAUGAGGAUUACGAACUAUCCGAUAGAGAUAUUAAUAAAAUUCUUAUCUUUACGCAAACCCAUCCUCCAUCAUCUAGAAUCCCAAAGCACGAAGGUUACGAUAGAACAGGAGAUUGGAUUACAAGAGUGAAAAUGACUCAAGAAUUAGAACAACUUAUUAACGACGGAUUAUAUUACUAUGAAGAUGAAUUGUGGAAACAAAAUAAUCAAAGGUAUGGCUCAUCUUCAUCCAUUGGAAGUUACAAGACAAUUAAUAUGAUUAGUCAAGAAGAUUUUGAAAAAAUGGCACCCAAAGUUCCCAGAAAAGCGAAUCCGGAAGUUCCACCGCCACCUCCUUCCUGUAUAGAAGAUUUAGAAAUAUCACAAUCGGCUUUGUCGUUACAGCUCCCAAAUACAAGUCUGGAGAAGAAAGAGUAUAGGCCGGAUAAGAGUCGGAGAGAGAGUUGGAAUGAGAAAUCACAAACGAGAGAAGGACGAAGGGCUGCGUCUCGUUUCUUCGCUGUUGUAAAGGAACCGUCUGUUGAUCCGACAACACCGCGAAAGCGAAAAACUCGUCACAGCAAUAAUCCUCCAGUGGAACAUCAUGUUGGCUGGAUUAUGGAUGUUCGAGAGCAUCAUCCUCGAACACAUUCUGUAGGGAGUAGCGCAGGCACAAGUCCUAAUGAAGGCUAUCUUGCAAGUAGUUAUGGAAGUGUUCCCACUAUUAGCGAGCAUCCGAGUCAUGCUUUGUUGAAAGAUAACGGAUUUACUCAACAAGCGUAUCACAAAUAUCGUUCACGCUGCUUAAAAGAGCGCAAGCGAUUAGGUAUUGGACAAUCACAAGAAAUGAACACUCUCUUUCGUUUUUGGUCAUUCUUCUUGCGAGAAAAUUUUAAUCGUACUAUGUACGAAGAAUUUAGGACCAUAGCCAAAGAGGAUGCUUGUGAAGGAUACCGAUACGGAGUAGAAUGUCUUUUCAGAUUUUAUAGUUAUGGCUUGGAGAAGAAGUUUAGGCAUGUACUGUAUAAAGAUUUCGAAAUAGAAACUAUAUACGAUUAUGAAAGUGGACAAUUAUAUGGAUUGGAAAAAUUCUGGGCAUUUUUGAAGUAUUAUAAAAAUUCUGACCAGCUUCAUGUAGAUUCUAAAUUAAAAGAACAUUUGUCAAAAUUCCAGAGUAUUGAAGAUUUUAGAGUAGUGAAACCUCGAAUACACGAAAUGCUCCAAGCUGCAAGAUUACGUCACAGAAGUGUUUCCGAAAGCGCUAGAGAAGAUUCUCUGGCAAGCGCGCUAUUAGACGAUUGUAGUAGCACCACCACACUGCCAAAUGAAACGAAAUCUGAUAAUUACUUGAAAUCAUGUUUAGACCUUACGAAUUCAUCACAAUUUCGAAAUAGAGCCGGCUCCUAUGGCUCUAGUCAUCUCCGACGACGAAAUAAUUCUGUACCGUCGAGCGACCAGCGAGAUCUCAAUAAGCAGCAGCCUCGAAGUAGACAAAAUUCUGGUUCCUUCACGAAGCCUCACGAGGCGAGCAAAUCGUAAGUCACUGCCAAAGAACGAAUUUAAACCUUCAGUUCCAAAACAACUACGAAUUGAAAAAAAGUCCGUCACAAUUAUGGCGGAAAACUUAUCUGUCUUUCAAAAGUGAAGAGUCAUUAUACUCCGUUGAGAGGCAAUUACUGAUAUAUCUGCACAGGCGGUGCGACACAUAUUGUGCAAAUGUGAAAAUAUCUUCCGUACAAAACGAUAGCCAUGCGCCGUCAUCUCGUUAUAUUUCACUCGUAUCGUUAGACGCAAGAAAUAAAAGUUAUGUAUAGUUAUUAUUAUCUUGCGAUUCUGACAAAUCGAUUGGAUAUUGUACUAAUAACUGCUCAUCGCGUUUGCUUGGCCAUCGUUUUUUCGUUUCUAAUAAAUGUAAAUAUAAAGAGAACAAGAAAUGAAUAAAACUCGUGCAUAAUUUUAAUAAGCGGACUAUAUAUAAGUGAUUCUCUUAACUACGGAUGGCACGUUGAAUAAUGUAAUAUACACUUCCGUUCGAGAAAUA